AUGGAGAACGGCAUGACACAAGGUGAGGGCAAGGACCCGUCCGGGUUCCUCAGCGAGAUCAUCGGAAGCUCAGUGACUGUGAAGUUGAACAGCGGGGUUGUGUACAAAGGAGAGUUGCAAAGCAUAGAUGGAUACAUGAACCUUGCGCUAGAGAAAUGCGAAGAGCAUGUCGAUGGGGUGAAGAGGAGAAGCUAUGGUGAUGCUUUCGUACGGGGGAACAACGGCAAGCCUUCUCUUUCUGGUCCUAUUUGGAAGGGGGGAAUGCUAACGACUCGCUACAGUGAUGUACAUCUCUGCGGAUUGAGUGAGACGUUUUCGCAAGGCACGAUGGGGCUUGAAGGCAGCAUUGGACGGGAGUCACGGAGUCAUCUGGCAUAUGGGGCGUUGAUAGAGGUGGAAUUUCACGCCCAGAGCAAGUUCCCAGGCAGUACAGAAGGAUGCCCGCCCGAUAUCAAAGCAAAAGCGACAGCGGCUCUUGAAAACUGGAACGAAGUCUAUGCAUUUACUGGGACAAGUUCUUGA